AAUGGCUUUCAUUCUACGUGAAGGGGUUUUACCUUGGAUUGGCGUGGCCUUGGACCAAUUAGGAAACAGUGCGCGGCUCGGCGCAGAGCGAGGAGGUGAGCGGGAUGGCGGCUGCUUGUAGUCUUGGGGUGCACAGUGGGGAUUGAGAGAAACCGGAAACCAGCUAGGCCUGUGACAUAGGGAGAAACCCUGCAAUCAUCUGGGGAACGGAAUACGCAAGUUGCCCGGCGAGGAGUCGCAGGUAUUUGCCUUGGAAAGUCUCUUCCUGUGGCUUCAUGUUGGCCCUUCUGGAUUUUUUUUAUUCCUGUGAAUCUUCUUUUCUGCAUUUGGUUUGGGUCAGUCUUGGUUUGGAGUACUCUAUCUGGUUUUGAUUGCUAGUGGAAUUAUCGUGGCCUGUCAUGAGCUCCCAUACUCAUUCAGAUGGAAUUUCUGGUCUGGACCAACCAGUGGACCUUUUAACACAGACCCGUGCCAAACACAUGCCAAGCCCUGUUGAUGUGAGUGCUGCAUUGCCGCUGCAAGUGGCCCCCAGCGCUCUUCCCAUGGACCUGCGGCUAGAUCCCCAAUAUACAAUUUCUGCACAGGAGCCCAGUGGGAGGGAGCAACAGCUGCAGCAAGAGCUCCUGUCCUUGAAGCAAAAGCAGCAGAUCCAAAGGCAGCUUUUGAUUGCUGAGUUUCAAAGACAGCAUGAGCAGCUGUCUCGCCAGCAUGAAGCUCAGCUCCAUGAGCAUAUAAAGCAGCAACAAGAGCUCCUAGCCAUGAAACAUCAACAGGAGCUUCUGGAACACCAGAGAAAGCUGGAGCAACACCGACAAGAGCAGCAGAUGGAGAAACAGCAACGAGAUCAGAAACUGUUGCAGUUAAAGAACAAGGAAAAGGGAAAAGAAAGCGCUGUGGCAAGCACUGAGGUAAAAAUGAAAUUACAAGAGUUCGUGUUGAAUAAGAAGAAAGCUUUAGCCCACAGAAGCUUAAAUCAUUGCAUGUCCAGUGACCCUCGCCUUUGGAAAACUCAGCAUAGCUCUCUUGACCAGAGUCCUCCACCACAGGGUCUUGUGUCUGCCUCGUAUCACCAAGCUGUCCUUGGAAUGUACGACUCUAAGGAUGACUUCCCUUUAAGAAAAACAGCAUCUGAGCCUAAUCUGAAGUUGCGCUCAAGACUGAAGCAGAAAGUUGCAGAGAGGAGGAGUAGCCCUCUACUGAGGAGGAAAGAUGGCCCUGGCAUCACUACUUUGAAAAAACGUCCUUUAGAUGUGUCUGAUUCUGCAUGUAACAGUGCUCCAGGCUCUGGUCCCAGUUCUCCCAAUAAUAGUUCAAGCAACAUCAGUUCAGAAAACGGAAUAGCUGGUCCUUUAGGCCUCCAGACAGAGGCUUCACUGGCUCACAGACUUGUGAACAGAGAGAAUUCAAUAACACAGCUUCCUCUAUACACAUCACCCUCUUUACCUAAUAUUACCUUAGGACUGCCUGCAAGUGGUUCUACCAAUGGUGGAUCAGGACAGGAGAAUGAAUGCCUUUCUCUGCCUGCUCUACAGCAACGCCUUUCCCUAUUUCCAGCUGCUCACCUCACAUCUUACCUUGGACCUGAAGCCACAAACUCUCAUAAUCAACUUUUACAACAUAUGGUACUACUAGAACAGCCUGGUGCACAGAGUUCUUUGAUAUCAGGUUUGGGGACCCUACCACUUCACUCCCAGUCUCUUGUGUCACCUGACCGUGUAUCCCCCACCAUGCACAAAUUACGUCAGCAUCGUCCUUUAGGCCGUACUCAGUCUGCUCCACUCCCACAGAAUUCACAUGCUCUGCAACACCUAGUCAUCCAACAACAGCACCAGCAAUUCCUGGAAAAGCACAAACAGCAAUUCCAACAGCAGCAGCUUCACCUAAACAAGAUGAUUCCUAAAGUGAAUGAAGCCUCACGGCAGCACGAGAGCCACCCUGAGGAGACUGAGGAGGAGUUACGUGAGCAUCAGGCACUGCAUGAAGAACCUUAUACAGAGCGUUUAGCUGAACAAAAGGAAUUAAGCCCUGGCAAUGUGGUGCAUGUCAAGCAGGAGAAAGAGGAAAGUGAUGAUGAAGAAAAUACACUGGAUUUGGAAAGGAGUAAAAUGCAGUCUGACCCAGAUCUGCUGUUUAGACAGCAAACAUUAUUACUGGAGCAACAACGCAUUCAUCAACUGAGAAACUAUCAGGCUUCCUUAGAGGCUGCAGGCUUAGUUGUUCCUUUCAGUGGUCAUCGGCCUCUCUCAAGAGCACAGUCCUCACCUGCCUCUGCAUCCUUUCCCAUGUCUGUACAGGAGGCCCCCAGUAAAACCAGGUUCACCACAGGCCUUGUGUAUGAUACAUUGAUGUUAAAACACCAGUGCAUCUGUGGGAACACAAACAGCCAUCCUGAGCAUGCUGGAAGAAUACAAAGCAUUUGGUCAAGGCUUCAAGAAACAGGUUUACGCAGCAUGUGUGAGUGUAUUCGAGGCAGAAAGGCAACACUGGAAGAACUACAGACUGUGCAUUCUGAGGCUCACACUAUCUUAUAUGGCACCAAUCCCUUGAACCGUCAGAAGCUUGAAGGUUCCUUGGCUUCUCUUUUCGUUCGUCUCACAUGUGGCGGGGUUGGGGUUGAUAGUGACACGAUUUGGAAUGAAGUGCACUCUUCUGGUGCUGCCCGUCUUGCAGUUGGUUGUGUUGUAGAAUUGGCUUCAAAGGUGGUUUCUGGAGAGCUCAAGAAUGGCUUUGCUGUGGUUCGUCCUCCAGGUCACCAUGCAGAAGAAAGUACACCUAUGGGUUUCUGUUACUUCAACUCUGUAGCAAUAGCUGCCAAGGUUCUCCAGCAAAGAUUAAAUGUCGCGAAGACGCUGAUUGUGGAUUGGGAUGUUCACCAUGGGAAUGGUACCCAACAGGCAUUUUACAGUGACCCAAAUGUCCUUUAUAUAUCACUCCAUCGCUAUGAUGAUGGUAACUUUUUUCCAGGCAGUGGAGCUCCAGAUGAGGUUGGAACAGGUGCUGGAGUUGGUUUCAAUGUGAACAUGGCUUUUACUGGUGGUCUGGACCCUCCAAUGGGAGAUGCAGAAUAUCUGGCAGCUUUCAGGACAGUUGUGAUGCCCAUAGCUGCUAAGUUUUCUCCAGAUGUGGUUUUGGUGUCUGCUGGGUUUGAUGCAGUGGAAGGACACCCAUCUCCACUUGGUGGUUACACAGUCUCAGCCAAGUGUUUUGGGUACCUGACAAAGCAACUUAUGGAAAUAUCUGGGGGUCGCAUUGUUCUUGCUCUCGAGGGAGGCCAUGAUUUAACAGCUAUUUGUGAUGCCUCUGAAGCCUGUGUGUCUGCCCUGCUGGGAAAUAAGCUGGAGCCACUUCCUGAGUCUGUAUUGCAGCAGAGACCAAACAUCAAUGCAGUCAAGUCAAUGGAAAACGUUAUUCAGAUCCAAAGUGAAUACUGGCCUUGUUUGCAUAUAAGUUCCUCAACUGUGUCCUAUUCACUUAUUGAAGCUCAAAAGUGUGAGAAUGAGGAGGCAGAGACUGUGACAGCAAUGGCAUCCCUGUCGGUAGAUGUUCGCCAGGAACGAAGGACAGAGGAUGAGCCAAUGGAUGAAGAACCUCCUCUGUAGCAGAAUCUGGCAACUGUCAGUUGUGUAAUUCCAUGUCUUUGAUGGGGGGGUGUCUCCUCUGAUUUCUCUGCCUGCGCUCAGUCUACAGAAUGACUAGCAGUGAUCUGGAUGUAAAGAACCCUGUGUACAUCACAUCCACAGAACCGCAAAUUGUGGCACAGCGGCAUGCACAGCCAUGUUGUACCACUGCUUUCUGAGGGGACAUGCCUCCCUUAGGAGCCUCUGGCAGCUCUUGCCAAAAAUAUUUUGUUACUUUACUUUCAUGUUAUUUUUUAACAAGUACUAAUUCAAAGAAACACAAGGAGAAAGACCUCCUUUGGGGUCCUACAUACAGUUUGGUGCUUUAACAUUCUGCAUUUUUCACAGGAAUUCUGUGAGCGCUGGAAGUGUAUGCUGGAUGGCCAUGGUCUCUGGACAGUUGUUUUUUAAACCACUUGGUUUAUCAUUUUUGAACAUUUCUCCUAAGGGAAAGAAUAAGGAUGGGAUGAAAAGAUUUUCUAGAAUACUAUUAAUGUCAGGAACGUAUGACUUAAUCUGAAAGAAGCAGGAGGAAGGAUUGUGCCUUGUUCAUGGAUGGGACACUUGUUUCCAUUUAAAUGGUUCUCUUUUAUUAAGUUCUGAAAAAUUGAAGGACUUGCCUUAAACCUAAACACCUACACACCCCAGGAAUUGUGUGGCGCAUUGCACACAACUGGUGUCUCCUGCCAUUGACACAGUGCUGUAAGGUGGAGUGUUGCUAUCAUAGUGUUGGUAUCAUACGGCAGUCAUCAUUUUUGAUUUCUGUGAGUCAAGUUGCAUGUUGUAUCUGUACGAUAACCAGACUUGUCUUCUCCACUCAAGUUUGUGCUCACAAAACAAAGACUUAACCUACAAGUUAUUUUUGUAGGUGCAUUUCUACAUUGUGGAGCUCGGAUCUGUGGCCUCUUACUGCGCGGGAAGCAUGUACUGGCCUGUGCAACCUUUUUAAGGGGCUCCGUUUGUUUUUAUGUUUUAGAUUUUUUUUUUUUAAACUACAUUUUGUAUAACUUUUUUUGAGCAAGAUCAUUAACAGGCAAACAGAACAUUUCCAGUUCCCAUUUCAUUUUUACAUUUUUUUUUCAAAGGUUUAUAUAUGUAUUUUUUGUAAGGAACUUGUUUUUUCUUGUGAUAACGAAGAUUUCCUGUUUUUAUACUGAAAUAUUUUCUUUUUUUUUCUCCCUGGAGAGUUUUUUUUUCGCCCUUAGAUCUUGUUACAUACAUUACAACAUAUAUAUGAUCUAUAGGGAAAGGUAGCAGUGGUGGUUUUCAGUUAGAUAGGUAGGAAGGGUCACAGCAGAAGUUUGUAAGUAUUUUUUGUGAAAAUGAAGCAGGACCCAUUCAUUCAACUUUAAUUUUAAUAGGUCAUAUAAAGGCAUUGCAAACUUUUGUUUUUUCCUGAAAUGAGACCAAUAAUUUACUGUAUGUGAGCCUUGCUCCUGGAAUUGCAUGAAUGGAGCAGGGCACGCUCAGUCUUGGAUAUAACCUCAAUAUAUAGCACUUAUUAUCCAUGCUGAGGUCUGUUUUCUAGCUGAAUAACAGCAGCAUGUGAAUCAUACCAACUGCCUGACAGAUUGACUUCUGCAGUUAAGCUCCUUACUGUUUAAAGGGAACAGCAUGUUGCUGCUUUCAAGCAGUUUGUGUUCCCAAAUCCGCUCCCCUUGAACUUGGCUACGUUACUUGGUUCAGUAGGGGUUACAUUGCAGGCUGCACCUUGACAUUGUUUCUUGUCCUGGCAGCAAAUUUCAUAUGUAGAAGAUCUGGGAGAUACUUAGCAGCUCAUCUAUGGGUUUGAACCCUAGCAAUGUGCCCUUAACUGUGUGUAUUUUAUUACAUUUUAUGGCCAUUGUGUAAUAACACUACACCCUGUGACUGCACCACACUGGCUGCUCACUCUUUUAUUCCUUGUUCAUACACUUAAGUGCUACAGUUCUCCUCCUUUCACAUUUUUUGCCUAGUUACAAACUGAUCAUUUUACAUUGAAGCAUUCAUGUCGUGUUCUUUUCACUAUUUCCUUUAUUGCUGCCAUUCUCAUUUUGGGGUCUAUGGCCGGUUUCUUAACAUUGAGAACCAUCCAGAAAAUGCUAAACUCUGCAUGAAUUGUAAUUCUUCUGAGGUGCAGCAAGUAUACUUACAUGCUCGAUUCUGCCAGGUCUAUGCAUUGGGCAUUCACCUAACACACAAUAUACUUCUUCAACAUUUCUGGAUUGUUAGUUUUUCAUAUUGCUUUUCGGAGUUUACUGCAUGUGAUUAUUUCGAGUCCACUAUGAAAGUGUUCUAUACCACAUGAUGGCAGCAUCCAGUAGCACUGUGGUACUGCCAUGGUUACACUCUUGUCUUAAGUUCUUAUUGUGAGUAUUUCACAGUAAAACUACUGCAAUAAAUGAUUACUUUUACAGAGGAUAUGGUUUGAAUGCAGCUUUCAGAGCAUGAUAUAUCAACAGCGUUGUUGAGGCUACAUAUGACCCUCGUUAUUGACAAGCUUUCCUGUUCUUAUCAAUCCGAGUCUAGCUUCAUUUUUCCUGGGAAUGUACCAGUUGCCAAUUGUUUGAAGUUUAUGGACCUGCAACUGGAAGUAUCUGCCCAGACACACUUGUUGCCGAAUUUUAUUCCUUGUUAACUUUCAUUUUAUUUCCUGUCUGACAUUUCCACACAUUCCAUGGGGUUGCAAAUGAUAUAAUUUUGUGUGUGCAAGGGAGGAGCCACACUCCUAUUUCUGGGCAUUGAUCUCCCUUUAAAUAAAUAUAUAUAUAUAAAAGAUAGUUAUAUAUAGAUAUAUAUAAAAAUCUAUUUUUCUAGAUUUUAUUAUGUAUUUGCAUGAUUCAAGCACAGCUCAGUCCUAUACUGUGUACCUGGUCAAGUUGCAGCACCAGGCUUAGAGAGGGCAGAUCACAUGUAUCGUCUAUUGUCUGACCCUUGCAAAGAAAACGGCACUUGUUUUAGUCCUUUUGUAGGAUCAGACUAGGGGUGCAGUUAAAACUGUAACAAAAAGUGAGUCCUUAAAAUAUUGUAAUUUGAAGGGGAAGCUGAUUUUGCUGAAAUGCCUAUGCCUGCCAGGGAGACAGACGUCUGGUGCAUCCCGCUACUAGAAAACUGGUGGGUUUCACUGUGCCAGGGAAGGGAGUUGGUGUGUCAAACUGCCACAUCUCUCAUUGUGUUUAGUGUACAUAUAUUGUGUUUUUUUUAUCUUUGUAGAACACUAUUGAAGGGCUUGCAUGCUACACUUUGCAGCCCUGUUCAAACACUGUGUACAAAAACAUGCUAUCAGUAUCUGUAAGCAAAUCCAGGAGCAUAUCACAUGUUCAAAUCCCUGUGCCCACAUUACACUAGCUCCUCGACUUUUUCCUUUUGAUUGUGGCAACAGCUGUAGUUUGCCCGAUGCUGCAUAGCCGUGGUUUCUUUCAAAAACAGUUUUGCAGACAAGUGAUUUUUAUUCCAGAAGUGAUUGUAACACAUUCAACUACACGUUUUUAUUAAUAAGUGCAUUGAGAACUAAUCCAUUAUGAUGCAAUUGUGUCGCGCUAGGACUAAACUGUGGAAUGGGGCUUGGCUGCUAUUGUUGCCAGCCAUAACUAAAGCAGGGGGGCUGCCAAUUCUUGCUGCUACAACUGUCGUCAGAUAGGAGAAAUGGCUCAGGUUGUAUAAGGAGGUAUUCUUUUAAAAUAUUUAUCAUUCCCACUAUUUCAUCAAUCCUUAGCACUUGUUAUCAAAGUGAUCACAUUUCUGCCUGUAUCCUGAUGCUAUAUAUAUAUAUAUAUAUAUAUAUAUAUUCUGUGAUUUUCUCUUGCAUUUUCUUCUGAGAUAGGUCUGGCUUCAUUAUGUAGGAUAAGAAGGGAUGCUGGCAGAAAGCUUGCAGAGGGAAGAAAGCAGAUGCAGGUGACUUCUUACAGUUACAGGAAUUUGUUUUUUCCUGAGGUGGGCAAGAUCACCUCAUUCUGAAUAAUCACUGUUUAAAGAAAUCUAUAUAUGUAUAGCUAUAAAUUUGACGUUUUAGUUUAAAAAGUGUAAAACCUCUAGUGAAAACCAUUUCAUAUGUUGAGCCCCUAAAGUUCUUCUACAUAUCGGCAGAAGGGGUCAACAGAAAUAUCCUGUUACUGGAGGCGACACUUAAAUUUUUCAAGACUGAAAGUUGUGUGUAUAUAAGUAUAAAUAUAUAUACAUAAGAUAUAUAUAAUUAAGAGUAUAUACUUAGAGAGUUUGAUGCAACAUUCACCUGAUCUUACAUCAGAUCUGUAAUGAUGAUUUUGUAUCUGAAUAUUUUUUUUUUUCCAUUGACCUUCAAUUUUGUUGGAGCCUGCUAUUACAGAAACGUGGGCCAUCUUGUUCCCAGCACUUUUUAUGUUCCUCUAAGGGAACUGGAGGCUGAUUUUAUUUUUAUUAAUUUUUUUUUUUACUAUUUUGUUAGAAAUGUUAUAUUGUUUGCCAUUUUUUCCCACCGACAUUUUCCAUUAUCUUUACUUAUUUUCUGUGGCAAGAGUGACUGAUUUCAACUUUGUUAACAGUGCAGUAUUUUGUACCACAUUAUGGCGGUGUGUUACUCUCGUGGUGUAAAUAAACUGAAAUGUUAAUUA